AUGAAUCCUUUCAUAUUAUGCAGAAAACUUAAAUUCACUUUGGGAAAUAACUCUUCUGGAUUACCAAUAUAUCUAGACAGCAGUACGGGUGUACUACGUGCAAGUCAAUCACUAUGGCAAAAACAAAAAGAUAAAACACUAUUACUAAGUGUCACUGUAAAAAGUAUUGAUCAUGAUAAGUUUUCAGACAGUGCGUUGGUUAUUAUCUCAUGGAAAGAUGAAUACGUAAAUGGAAACCAUAACAGCAAAACUGGUUAUGAUAAACGAGAUCGCGUUCCUGAAAAGGAUGAAAAACAAAUGCCAAAAUUAAAGAUAGCUACACGUUCAUUUAUCGGAUCACAAUCUAUUGAACUUGAAUUAACCCGAGAGGACAUCAAACCUACAGAGAAUGUUUGUCAUGGUCAAGCAUGGUCAAUUACUGCGAAGAUUAUAUUCCCGCCUGGUAACCACAAUGUUCAUAUUGAAUUAUUAGCACCAAGAUACGUUAAUGAUCUUUGUGGCUACGUCAAAUAUUUUGGGGUUUCAUUUAUUGGUCACCAUAUAAAAAUAGGUAAAAUCAAUUUAAUUAAACUAGAUCAUCUUGGAACUACUCUUGAUGAUUCGGAGCAACUUCAAGAAAUCAUAUUGGAAUUUGAAAACGUAGAAGUGGAAAAAGCAAUGAGUCCAAUACCCGAUCCAUUUAGUGUAUAUCUGAAAUUUGCUGUGAUAAUGUUGGAAACUGUUAGUUUGCCUGUGGACGCAAAACUAAAAGCCGGUAUUCUUUUGGGAACGAAGGACUUAGUAUGGAUUGGUUCGCUCAGAAUGAUAUAUUCGAAGACAUGUCCAACACUACCAAUUGAACUCAAUAUUUCCUCGUACCCAAAGAAGAUGGUACCAACCGACAUCACUAUUGUGACUGCGGAUGUAUUUUUACCAAUCCUAAAUGAAAACUACACUUUUUCAGUUUAUUCAGUAGGUCAAUCGGCAACAAUCGCUUCAUUGAAUUUAGAAAAAGGUGAGGGAUUCAAUAAAUAUGAGGCUAAAUCUAUGAUGAAAACUACUCAAGAAGAAGUACUGAGUGAUUCAAUUAUCACUAAAAGAAUUGAUAUGUUUGUCGAAGAACUGCGUAAUACCUACGGACUUCUUUACCAUGCUUCAAGAGAAAGCAAGACUGUUAAGUUGGUUGUUUAUAUACAAAUAUUGAAUAAACCGUCAACUAGAGUGAUAAUUGGUUUUCGUGUUCACGCUUCUAACAGAAAAGUUAUCUAUGAGGAAUGUAAUAUACCCAUUGUUGCAAAUUCUAAUGACAAGGGGAAGUUUCAGGCUUCAUACAUUGAAAACAAUCAUUCAGCUCAAGUUGAAACAGAAAAAGUUGGUGAAAUUAACUUUAAAAUCAGUUUUCCAUCCAAUUCAAUGCAAACAUAUUCACUAAAACUAAAAUUUAAUAAGUUUAUACUUGGGGAAAUAUGCUAUGCAACUAUUACAGAUAUUGGCACUGGAAUUAGGCAAAGGAUUAUUGGUAUGAGGCUGCACACAAGUUAUUCAACGCAUGGAAUAAAUAAAUUAAGAUCUGAAGCCACAGUUUAUCUGGGAUUAGUGGAAAACCCAACAGAUGACACAACUAAACACUACAUUACCUUAAAUGUAAAAAUAAUGCCCCAUCAAGAGAAGAGUUUUCCUAAUGUAUUCACUACACAACUAAUAACUGAUUUUAUUUUAAGUUCAGGUCAAAAAGAAACCUCAUCAUUGUCUUUUAAAGUUACUAAGUCUAAGCCACAAGUUAUUCCAUCCCAUAAAAGGCCUAUAGCUGUCCUAACAGUUCUCAAUCCAACAACAAAUGUUCGUGCAAAAAACUAUUAUACAACAAUGUUUGCCGUUAUCACUUGGUCUGAGAUGAUUUUAUACAGUCCAGUAAGCAUAAUUCUUCAAAUAUCUCAUGAAUCGGAGCUAAUCGAACAGCAAUUUUGUUCAAUAGGUAAAGCUUUAGAAACAGUUGUCCCAAUUAAUGCUGAAAAAUCAAUUAAAAAUAAUGUUGGACGUAUUGAGCUACCUUCAGUUUACAUACAAUCAUUUGGUAAUUAUACUAACGAAGAACGAUCAAUGACAAUAAAAUAUGUAAUACAAAUCAAUGAAAUCAAGUAUAUUAUACUAAGUCUUGAUAUUCUAUUUAGUGGAGAAAAGAUAUCAAAAGAGAUCACAUUAGCACCUAAAACUAAUACACCUCAAUCUGCACUUUCUUUAAAUGAACAACCAUCUGGACUACUGCAAAGUCUUCUAAUUAGUCGUGCAGAUAAUUAUCUUCAUCCAGAUUCAUUCAACAUUAUUAUGGCAAGUGUAGUCAUUUCUCCAAGUGCUAGACAACAAUGCUCUAUGAAAAUUGAAACAUCUAAAGUUCAGAAUGAAGUCAAUUUUAUUGAUCCUAAAAUUUUGGAUAUUGGUUUGGCAAUAACAUCUCAUAAAUUUCAGUUUAAUGUAUCAAACAGCGUAGUAUAUAUAGGGAUUGCUAAUCAACAGUUUGAAGAUAAUCAACAAGCAAAUGGUGCGGUUACCAAAAACGAACCAACAUCUAUUAACAUUAUGAUUCCGUUAAACAUUACUUCCACCGUUUCUAAUUCCAUCGAUCUGAAGCUUGUUUUAUUUGGUGAAAAGCAAAAUUAUGAAUUCCCAUUUAUGUUUAAUAUUGGUCCUUUGCAGACUAUUCCACCUACUGCUCUCUUAUCAAUAACAUAUGAAAUUGACGCCAUAAACAUUGAUGAACAACCGGAUCGUACCGAUACGCCUCUUACUCCUGGUGAAAUUGGACGAAUUUACAAUCGAAUUUCUUUAAAUUUACCGAAAUGUGAAGAAUAUCAAAUAUCAUUUUCUACCUUACCUAACUCUCCAUGGCCAGUUGAUAUAAUUGAUAUCCUUAUUUUGGAUGUUAGUAAUUACAUUUGGAUUUCCGAUUUGUCAGAUUAUCAAGUUAUUAAAUAUAGUAGACCUGGUUCACUUACAACUGAUUUGGCUUCAGUCAAACUAAUGAUAUGUGCUCCUGCUGGGUUCGGAAAUGAGGUACGGGUUGAUGUAUUUAUUCGUCCAUGGAUUCGAAACAAUAAUGAGAAAUUAAAAAGUCAGCAAAGUGUUACAAUAAUUGGAAAUGUAAAAAUUAACAGGAUUAGCUCUGAUUUUAAUCUCACUUCAUGUAUAUUUAACGUUUCUUCGGAGAAAAGUAUGAAGCAAUACAUCCCUGAAAAUAAUAAACCUUUAAAUGCUAAACAGAUACUUAUCGUAUCGGCUAAUACAACGGACAACUUAUCUCCAGGAGUAGGUGAAACCACUAAAUUCACAUUCUUUAUUCAAGUCCCAGAAAAUUCUAAAUUGCCAAACUGUUCAGUUGUAUUUAGGUCCGGCUAUAGCAAUAUAAAUAAUGAGUCAGAAUUGACUAUUUUGAAAGUAGAUAUAGAAUAUGGAAAUGUAUUUCGAAACUCACAACGAGAGAAAUUUAGAGUUGAAUACACAUCCAAGUAUCUUAAUGGACAGAAUGAUACAGCAUCAGUUGAUUUUGGCAAUCUGGUCAACCCAAGCAAUUUCAAUGAACACUCUAAAAGUAUCAUAAGAAUUAAUGUCACUGCUCGUGUGUCCGAUAGCAGAGUGGUAAACAGUGGGUCAAAAACAAAGUUAGGAAUGACAGCAAAAUUUGGAAGCUUGUUAGGAACUACAGAAGUUUUUCAAGUAAUCAAAAGAAAUGGAAAUGAACGAGCAAUCAUUUCUAUGAAUUUACAGGAGAUACAUGAAACUGGAAAAGAUAAACAAUUUUAUGGUGAAGGGGAUAUACUUAUAUUAAAUCUAGAAAUGAAAAUGGAACGAAACUCCUCUCUUGAAUGUUCCAGGCAUACACUGAAUGUUUAUCCUGGAGUGAGUGUGAAAAAUGUAGACGUCUCACCGCUUCAGCCAAAUCUAUCAUUCAUGUACUACAAAGUGCCAAAUACCAAACAGUCUGGCCCACUUGUAUUUAAAGGAAAUUCCUUUCGCUUUGAUAAUGCAAUCUCGGUCAAAAUCUAUGUCUACUUCAAAGACCAAAUAUUUUUACCAUCACAAAAAAAUACGGCAAAAUAUACUGUCGUCGCAGAGCUUGUUUGUAUUUCCACAAACAGACCUCAACAAGUUAGCCCAUACAUCAGUAGAUUUAUGAGUAAAAGAACCGUUACACUUGCUAGCACAAAUUUCAUCAAUAUUACAAGGAAAAAAUGUAGUAAUGUUGUAAAACUUACAGAAAAGCAAAGUAUUCAUAAUUGUUCAGUUAAUUCAUUGUCUCUAUUGAGCAUACAUGACACUGUAGGAGGAUCACAAUCAAAUUCUCUUAUUUCACAUCAACCUAUAACCAUUCUCUUCGAUCACUUAGUAUAUGUUAGUCAAAUUAGUCCUAUUUCACUAGAUUCAAAUAAUAAAAUAAAAAUAUUAAAUGUUUCAACAACUACCGAUGGAAUAUUAUUUAAACACAUUGUGACGAUGAAGGAGAGUAUAAAACAACCGUAUAUGGAAAAUAUAUACUUUAGUCCUCUACUUGCUACAAGAGGAUUACAUUUUAUUACUAUUGACGCUCAAGAUAAUACGCGAAAUGCAAACUUUUCAGUUGAAGUUUAUGGUUGUAGUGCUAUUUGGGAUCCUCUAAAAUUCGAUCCUUGUUCAAAAAAAUUUGUUGAAAAAAACAAUGAAAACAAACCCUUAAAAACUAUAUUAAUGACUAAAGAAUUUAUCUUCUAUUGUGAAGUAUCACCGCUGAAAAUCAGAAACAUUACAAAUGAAAAGCAUUGUUUUAUGAUUACAGGAUCAUUUCCAAUUACUCUAACAGACAUGGGACAUGAAAUAAACGAAAUUAUAAUGUUACUAAAACCAAGUAAUGUUAUCGUGGGAAGAAACAGUCGUAACAAUAGUACACUUAUAAGUGAGAAUAUGGGAAAGUCAUGGAUAGUUACAAAUCAAUGGAAAUUGAAGAAUAUGUUGUCACAAUCAUCUGAGAUUAUUGAUUCUUAUGAAACUCCGUGGUUCAAUAUUCAAAAUAAAUCCUGUGAUGACUUUACUAUCAGUCUAUGCAAUCCAGGUGGUGAUCCAUGGAAAUUUGGCGCUACAGUUAACCAUUCAACUUCUGAUAUAUCAAGACAUCACAUUAUACUUGGUGAUUGCUUCUAUCCAGUUUUAGAUAAUAUUCGUUUUACCUCAGAUAGUUUUAAAAUUACUGUGUCACCAAGUUCUGUCGGCAUUCCAAACAAAAUUAUUGGACAACUUACAUUUCGAGAUGUACGAAGUGAUCAAAUAGAGGAAUGUGGGCAAUUAUUUUUUUUACUUGGAGGAGUCCAACAUAAUAACUAUCCAAUUUAUGUAGAAAACGGUACGGGUUUCAUUCGCUUUAGUCGUUUUAACAAUUUUAAUUGGCCAAAGCUGAUACAUCACAAAAUUUACAUGACUGUAAAAUUAUAUGUCAGACCAAAUAAGGAAAUAGAUUCAUCGCAAAUUGUCAUCUCCUGGAAUUAUUUUACGAAAGAUCAACAAGGGAAACAGUCGAAGUCCCAAAACGAUGAUUCCCAUCUGGAGAGGCUUAGAAGGAGUGUGAACCCUUCAAACCUACAACUUCUCGUGACGAGAAGUGAUGCAGCUACCAAUACAUUGUGUCCGACUGAAGUAAUAGCACUAAGUGUUCAGCUUGGUCUACCUGUUGGUACAACUGCAAUAACAGUUGAAUUGUUUGGUCCUACUAAAGAUACUAUAAUCUACGGUUUUGUUGAAUUUAUUGAUAUUUCAUAUAUUGGAGGAAGAGUUUCAGACAGGGAUUUUUCAAUUGGCGUACGAAACACGACGAUAGAAACUGAUUACGAAUACAAAAAUACAUAUACAGCUGUUGAUUUAUCAAAUGUCACAGUGAUAGAUAUACCAAAUGUUGUAGAGAAUUAUAGUUUAACAUUGCGUUUUGGUGUUGGUUUGUGGAGUAAUAAUUCAAUAGUAGAUGGAAUGCAGUUUAUUUGUAACUGUAAAGUUUCUGACGGUAUUUCAGUGGUAACCAGUACAACUACAAUCACAUCACGUAAAUUAUGUACAGUUUUUCAACCAGAAUUAGACAUGUUAUCUAAUUUUCCAUACAUUGUACCGGGAGAUAUAUUACUGUUUCAAGCAGAAGCAUAUUUUACAUUUGAAACCGGAAAUUAUACGUUCACAGUAUAUAUAAUCGGUUCCUCAUCUACUAUUAGCAACUUUGAAGUAAUUCUAGGUAAUGGGAUGAACUAUCCAGAAGGAUCUGAAGUUAGGCAAUCCGAAGAUGAGCUGACACUUACAAAGCAAAUUGAUGUACAAAUGAAAGGACUUAAAAAUAAAAAUGCUAGAGCGACAUAUCUGACUAAAUCAAACCGCUCAGUGAAAUUAAAUGCAUAUAUACAAGCUGUAACAUACCCAUCAACGAGAGCAAUAAUUGGAUUUCGAUUCCGUUAUUCUCAAGCUGAUGUAAUUAUUCGUGAGCUUCAAGUACCUAUUAUAGCUAAUUAUAGAAACUUUAUAAAUGUUUCAAAUCCUACUUUCAACUUUUCAGGGAUUUCAAGUCCAGCUAAAGUUGAAACAUUCGCUGAAGUUUAUUUCAGUCUUAGACUUCCUCCUUCAUCAAAACAGAUUUAUGCUGUAGAAAUAGGCUUUGAUAACGUUUCUUUGGGUGAAUUCUGUUAUUCUACCAUCACAGAAGUUGGAAAAGGGAUUACAAACAGAAUAACAGGGAUGAGAUUGUAUACGGAAUAUAUGACUCAAAAGCUAACAAUGCUUCGAAGAAUGGCGGUAAUAAAUCUUGGAGUAUUGGAAAAUCCAUCAGCAAAUAAUACAGAGUAUUAUGUGAAUUUCAAAAUAAUUGUAAGACCAUGCAUAGAUAGAGCUUUUCCAACAAUCAGUGAAACUCAAAUUAAUGCACGAGUUUUUAUUACGGGUACACCUCAACAACAACAACAAUCAGUUGCAUUUUCUGUUGUCGAUGAGCCAAUUUUACCGAUUACAGCAAAUAAUUCACCCAACGUGAACCUUUACAAAACCGAACCUGCUCUAAGUGAACCUAUGGACGCAUAUAACGGAAUUCUAUUUGCUGAAAUUUCUUGGGUUGAACAAGUGAUCUAUAGUCCCGUCAAGAUUUUAUUUAGCAUUGUAGGUUCCGAAACAGCAUUAACUGAAAUAACAUUUAUUUCUAUUGGAAGGUCACUGAUCACUGUAAUCCCCAGAGCUUCAAAUAUGUCAAUUACAAACAACACUGGUAUAAUCGAACUUCCCUCUGUAUAUGUUGUUCCCACUCCUUAUAAAUAUGACAAUAUACUAGUCAUCAAGUAUUCGGUUAAAAUCGUCGGUACAACAAAAUUCAAAGUUAUAUUAGAUGUUAUAACUGGAGGAUAUACAGCAACUAGUCAGGUUAACUUCGCACCGAUUGCUGCCGUAUCACCUCCGCAAUUGACAAGUAGUCAAUUACCUUACUGGGCAAUCGACAGUUUGGCAACCUCUCGCAAUAAUAAUAGUGUAGUACGAGGUGCAUUUAAUUUACUUUCAUUCUCCAUGAUCAUAUGUUCAGGCGCAAGACAAACAUAUUCAGCUCAACUCUACAUUUUACAAAUUACAAAUAUUGUAACUUUUAUGAAGACAAAAACUAUUGUUUUUGGUCGUUCUAUUAGUAAGUGUGGAACCUCUUCUACUAUUGUCAAUGCUAAUACUGUAAACUUAAAUAUGGCUUCACAAUACUUUGAUAGUAGUGAAAGUAUCUCAAAUUCAAAAAAGGAAAGAUCAAUAAUCACUUUUCUUGUGCCCUUAAAUGUCAAUUUACUGGCAUCUUCAGUUGUUUCAGUGAGUGUUACGGUUCAAUAUGGAACACAAUCAGCUCAAACGUUCGUCAGUUUACCUGUUAUCCAGCCUGAAUUGAGUAUACCACAAACUUCUACCAGUUAUCAGAUAGAUGCCAUUAGCUACCAAGACAGACCAUAUGAACGUACUUCCCUUGUCGCACUUGGACAAACUGUUCGACUUUAUAAUAAAAUUGGUCUUCCAAACACUAUGUGUACAACAUACUCAUUUGAAUUUACUAUGUCAUCCAAUUUAUGGCCAAUUGAUUUUCUUGAUGCACAACUCGUGAGCUAUAGUGAUUUUAUAUGGUCCACUAGUACUAUCAACCCUUUAAUAACUAAAUUGGGUUCACCAACAUACAACAAAAUUACUAUGGACUUAGGAUCAUUAUGUGUUCCGGAAACAUACGACAAUCAGGUCCGGAUUGACCUUUUUUUUCGCCCAAGGAGUAAUUUUUCAGCGAGUACUGUAAAUGGAAAUAUAACUGUGUCUGUUAAAAGUUUGCUUACAGUGGGUACUCUAUCUAGUCCAUUGUCUCUGUCAACAGGCGUUUUUGUAUUUAAUAAAGAUGCACUCAUGAAAGAAAGUAUGUUUGUAUUACCAUCAUUCAGUGAAGACAAGUAUAAACCUUGGAUCAAAAACAUUACAAAUGGAAUUUCUUUUCAACCAGGCAUAUGGACAAAGUUCACAUUUAGAGUACAAGUACCAUUUGCCUCUUAUCUGCCUGAUUCAUCUAUCUUUGUGGGUGGUGCUAAUUCUAGUGCAGAGAAUGAAUCAAUUUUUACUGUUAAUGGUGCACUCUUAACUUUUGGAUCUAAUUUGGCUGGAUUACGUUUGGAUCAAUUUAAACAAGUAUACUCAUCUACAUACAUGAAUGGACAAAAGGAUUUGUUGGAAAUAAAAUUGGGAAAUGUUGUCAAUACAGGUGUUCUUUUACACCCAGAUUCAACCAGUAUAAAUGAAAAUGACAUAGCGGUUGAAGUAUCGGUUCGCUUAUCUGAUAGUAAACUUAGUGAUAAUGGAACGAAUGUUACGCUUCCUAUUCGAGUUAAAUUUGGUAGCCUCGAAGCUGUCAAUCAAAUGGAAGGUAAAGUGUUCAGGGUUGGAGAUGAAUUUCUUAAUCUACAGAUGAAUGUUAUAAAUUUGGAUGAAAACGUGACUGGCCUGGUAUAUAAUCCGAAUGAUACAAUAAACCUGAGAGCUAAAAUUCAAAUGAUGAAUAACUCGAAAAUGGAAUGUGGAAAACAAUGGUUAAAUAUUUAUCACAGUAUGGCCGUAAAAUCAGCAGAAAUUCUGUACUCCAUACCACCAGACUCUGUUCAGUUCAAAAGAAAUGAAACAAUAACUAUUAAGGAAUUCACACGUUUUCAAGCAAAUGGUUUCUAUUUUGAUAACAACAUAGAUCUCUACUUUAAGCUACAGCUAAAUGACAAGAUAUUCAUUCCAAAUGGUAAAACAGAAGCAAAUCUAACAAUAGUUGUUGAACUUAUUUGUAUUACAUAUAAUCGGGAUAGAACUCUAUUAAAUUCAUGCAAUAAUCCGACAUUGAAAAAAAUCAUGAGGAAAGUUGUGGUUAAAACUAAACAACAAACUAUAACGGGUUCAGAUUGUGAAGAAAAUUUGGGCCUUUCUAACAGUCGAGUAAUUUUACCAUGUCAGAUCACUUCAUAUGUGUCACCCUAUCUUGGAAAUACAGAAGAGCAAAUUAGAUUCUAUUCAGCGUCCGGUUGGAAACCAUUUGUUCGUCCAGGACCACAUGAUCCUUUACGUUAUAUCACUAUUUUAUUCGGCCAACAAACAAAUGUCAGUCGAAUAGAUAUUAAUCUGAUAAACACAGCUAAUCAAGUUAUGAUUUUCCACUUGAUGGGAACCAACGAUGGUCAAUCGUUCUUCGAUUUUAAGACAGCGUCAGUUUCCUACAUAAAUCAAAGUUAUGGCCGCAUAUUUCUUCAGCCAAAAUUUGUCUCAAGAGGAAUGCGAUUAAUCGUCAGUGAGACAACAAAUGAAAAUAAUGAUGUAUCUUUUACACUUGAACUUUAUGGAUGUAGACUUAACUUGGACACAAACACAUUUGAUCCAUGUGGUGUCCAAAAUGGUUAUGUGAGCCCAUCAAACAAUGGUCUACGAAGUUAUCUUUAUGCUGAUGGUUAUCUUUUCUAUUGUGAUGAAUUUCCUACCACAAUAAAAUCGUACCUUACUGAAAAACGGUGUUUCGUGACAUACAACAAUGCUGACAUGAAGUGGACAGACCUAGGGCCAUUCAUUACAAAAGUCUUGAGUUACAUAAGUCCUAGUAAUAUAAUAUUUGCUCAAGGUCAAAACGAUGAUAGUAUCUUAUUGAGUAGUGAUUACGGAGAAAGAUGGACCUCCACUAACUUGUAUACACAAGUAAAAUUGACCAGAAAUGCAAGUUAUUACAUAAAUUCAACUAUUAUACCAUGGACUUAUGCUGCUGGAUAUUUUGAUCAAAGUAUUACUGGUAUAUCAUGUCAGUUAUACCAACAAAGUUCAUAUCAGUUUUGCUUUCAAGGCAUUUACAAAACUAAUACAAUGGUGUCUGAUUGGAACAGGAUUUGCCCGGCCCUCCCCUAA